CUGGAAGGCCAGCAAUGUUCACCAUCUCUCCUUAUCACACCUUUCCACGCACAUCCCAUCACCCUCAAGAUGGAUGACUCAACCCAACGGAUUCGCGAACACAUCAUUCGCCAAAUCCGAGUGGUCCUUUUCAAGUUCCUACCAGACGUCGGUUCAGGCCCGAUACGAAUACUGGGUGAUACUCCGAAUAGUAUUCUGGAUCCUAAAGAUUAUUUAGGAUCCAUCCGCCCAUUUGUCUCAGAGGUGCAGAACUGCCUUCAUGAGCAUCAUCCAAACAAUGAGGCUCGUUUCGUCGCCGUGAAUAUCUACCGCGGAAAGCACUCCUAUUUUGUGGUCGACCUCAAUAAUACUGAUUAUAACUAUGAAACUGCUCAUGAAUGCAAGACUCUGAUCCCUGUCUAUGUCCUUCGCCUUUCAAAAAGACAACCCACGAUUUUACGAAAACGGGAGCUGGAUGAAACAAUCGCUAAGACACUCCGGACCAUGCACGACGGCCAUGGUCAAGACCCUCUCCCGUUAUUUGACAAUUAUUAUGAUGAGAAUCUUCAAUACCGCAAUCCACGCAGCCUCCAUACUUGAUCGUUGAGUAUUCGGGCUUGGCACUGUCGAUGCCAGGAUAUUGUACACUAUUCUCUACCCGAUUGUCCAUUCAAAGCCGCUAUUCCGGCUGCCGGGGGUUCAAGCACGAGGUCGACCACCUAAUGUAACUAGACAGGCAUAUCAAGCAGUCCAGCAGUUGUAGCUAUCAUAACGCAAGUUGUAUCACUUCGUCCUAGGAUGAGCCCAAGCAAUUGCUUGAGGGUUCUUCGCUCCG